CGGAAAAAAGUAAUGCUUGCAAAAUCAUUAAUUAAAACUUAUCCCAUUCUGGCCUCGAACGUUUCAGAUGUACCCUAUGCAGCGUGGUUUCAUAAAGGUGGACGAGGAGCAGGACGGCAUGCUGGUUCUAUUCAUUAUAGAAUGGAAACCCUUGCAAAAAGAUCCUGUAGUCGAGUGUUCUACCGAUCAAGACACGAUGAAGCGACUCCAUCUUCUUCAAAAAUAAUAACGAACGACGAAUGUGGAGAAAAUAUUGAUGAUUUGGUGUACGAGUUAGAAACUAUUGUUCCCUUGGAAAAUUCAAUGGAAAACAUAAAAUAUUUAUGGAAACAAACACUGGCUUACCGGCACGAAAAGCGUGCCAGAGGGAUUUUUUCCCAAUUUAUGACCGACUGUUCUGCGGCUUCAGCCUUCGGAGGAGAAUUGAUAUCUUUAGAAUUCGAAUUGAUGAAUCCUACUGCUGCUAAAUUCGAAGACAUGUGGAAUGUAAUCCAACAGAAAAUAUUGGAAAAAUUUCGAAUAGAUUACAGGUACAUAAAAAAUGACCUGAUUCAGUCACUAUGUCUGGUACGAGAAAAAAAUACUAUAAGAGGAGCCAAGCGAACCCGCGAAGAAGACUAUAAAGAAAAUGAUGCGCGUACAUUAAAUCCACUUCACGGAAUAAUCGAUGGGAUUGAUUUCGAGACUUCAUUUCCGACACCUGAUGUCCCGCGCAUUAUAAUUGUUGCCAAAAUGUUUGAACUCGGCGAAUGCUACGUGGUGUGGAAAAACAGUACGAUUCAUGUAGGAAACAAUUUGAUUCGUGCAUUCAUCGUUCUUUGUCAAGCCUUUACAGUUUUCAAUGUAAAAUGCUAUGCGGCUGACAAACUUUUCUUUUCAUUUUUUCAUGCUUCAUGCUUCAAACUUGGAGCACUCAGUACAACUAGUAAUAAGUUUUUAAACCAGCUGUUUUAAAAUCAAGUUUAUAAAAGAAUUUAUUUACAUUCUCCUUAUUUAAAAAGCGCACCUGCUUUUGAAUAGCCAGGUGAAAAGCAAAAUUCUAGUGAUUAGAAUAAUAAUAUGAAUUCAUCUGAUAUAAUCAAUAUAAGAUUUUACUAUGAAAUAUUAGAACUUUCAUCGGAAAUAAUUAACCCACUUCAA